AUGCCUCGUGGUGAAUCAAAAUUAGAAAAAGAUUUAAGAAAAGCAUUGCAUUAUCCGAAAUAUCAAUAUAAUACAUUUAGUCCAUUUUAUUAUGGAAUUUAUGAUGCUAAAGGUAUUUGUCCUUUUCAUGAACUUGUCUCAAUGAUUUAUCGGCAUCCAAAAUAUUUAACAUAUACAAAUUUAUUUGUCAAUUCUAAUCAUCCUUCUACAAAAUUAUUACAUCAAUCACUUAUUCGAGAUCAUCGAAAAAGAUUAUUCUAA